CGCUAUUAUUAUUCUCGAAUCAGCCACGCGAGCCAGCAGACACUCUCUCACCCUCUCACACAUGGCUCCUCUCCCUGCUCUCCCUCUAAAGUCUCUCUAGCUCUCCCACGUGUGCUUAGUUGAAAAUUUUAUACAAGUUUGAUGCGAGAAAUGAAUCCAGUGAAGUGUGAUUAAGUGACUGGCAGGUAAAGAGAAAGGAUUAUAUUGGUUCUUGUCACCUGUUGUGGUUUUAGAGUGACACACAAACAUACAGACACUGAACUUGCUCUCUCUCUCUUUCUCUUGAUAACUCGGUGACGCGUGCUGGGGUGCAUUUCUUUUCUCUCGUGAAGGGAGCAAGGGAUUACAUCUUUCCUCUCCCUCGUGAAGUGAGAGGUCAUAAUUUCCCUCGUGAAGUGAGUGAGAGGGAGGACUCGAUCAGAUUUCCCCUCCUAGUGUAAGGAAGCUCUCACCUCUCUCUCCACGGAACCAACCUAAAGAAACGAUAAGAACAGCACAGGAUGGCGGAAGGCGGUGGAGUGUGCGAGGUGUGUCGGAAGCCAGCCAAACAGUUCUGUUCCUCCUGCCGCAGCGUGUUCUACUGCAGCAGGGAUUGUCAAAAGCAGGAUUGGAAGACUCACAAGACACGAUGCAAGCCCUACGUCAUCCAGAACCAUCCUGUUUUUGGCAGACACAUGGUAGCCACAAGGGACAUCAGGGCAGGUGAGGUCAUCCUGCGGGAGGUGCCGGUGGUGGUGGGGCCCAAGCAGCGCUCCCCUCCCCUCUGUUUGGGCUGCCACCGCCCCCCAGAUGGUUCCUACUGCUGCCCCUCCUGCCACUACCCUCUCUGUGGCCCCCCCUGCAGAGCCUCCCCAGUGCACAAGCGAGAGUGUGCAGUGCUGUCCCAGGCCAAGACCAGACUGACAGUGGACCGGUUUGACAUGCCGCACCCUGCCUAUGAGUGUAUUACCCCCCUGCGCUGCCUGCUGCUGAGGGAGGCCGACCCCCGGCAGUGGGAGGUUGUGAGUCAGCUACAGGACCACAGUGAGGCAGUGAAGGCCAGUGAACUGCACGGCUUGAUUCAGCGCAACACUGUCGACUUCCUCAGGGGCUUCAUGCGGUAUGAGGGGGCCAGCGAGGCAGAGAUCUACCGCAUGUGUGGCGUGGUGGUGGUGAACAGCUUCGAGGUUCGGCACCAUGGCAGCCGGGUGAGGGGGCUGUACCCCCAGGCUGCCAUGUUGGCCCACCAGUGUGUCCCCAAUACCAAGCACGCCUUUGAUGCCAACCUGACCAUGAUCCUGCGAGCCACAGUGGUCAUCAGGAAGGGGACACCCAUCACUGCCACCUAUACCAACACCUUCUGGAACACUAUGCAGCGACGGAAACAACUCAAGAUCAGCAAAUGUUUCCUCUGCACGUGCCAGCGCUGUGCCGACCCCAGUGAGCUUGGCACCCACUUUGGCACCCUCUUGUGUGGCGAGUGUGGCACCGGCUUUGUGCAGCCCACCAAACCCCUUGACCUGCACUCUGACUGGACCUGUAGCAAGUGUGGUGUGGUAGUAAUGGCUAAGACGGUGUUCUGGGGUGACCAGAUCUUGCACAAGGAGCUAAAGGGGCUUGACCAGACCAGUGCAGGGCCCUUUGAGGAAUUCCUUGACCACUACAAGAAGGCACUACACCCCGGCCAUCGCUUUCUGAUAGAGGCUAAAUAUGCGCUGGUGAAGAUUUAUGGAAAUUCACCUGAACAUCGAUACAGAGACCUGAGCCGGGAACAGCUGGAGAACAAGGUCAAGUACUGCCGAGAACUGCUGCAGGUGGUGGAGGUGUUGGCGCCGGGCCAGUCCCUGCUGCGGGGCACACUACUGCUGGAACUGCAAGCCGGCCUGGUGGCCCUCGCCCGGCUGCUGCUGUCCAAUGAUGUUAUCACCCAGGAUGACUCCAGGGACUACAUGACAGAGGCCGUGAAGCACCUGAAGGAGGCGUCAGAGAUCCUGAGACAUGAACCAGAGAUGGAUGAGGGUGGGCUGGACCAGAAGCUAAAGAAACUGUCUGAGGAACUUGAUGUGUGAGUGUAGAGGUGUUGGUGGUGGUGGUAGUGGUGGUGGUGGUGGUGGCAGUGGUGGUGGUGGUGGUGGUGGUGGUGGUGGUGGUGGUGGUGAUGGUCUUUCUUUCUCUCUUGUGGUCUCUCUCUCUCUCUCUCUUGUUUUCUCUUUCUCUCCUGCUUGGUGUAAUUCUCUCUCUCUCUCUCUCUCUCUCUCUCUCUCUCUUGGUAAAGAUUUCAUGAAAUGAAUGAUGAUAAUGAUAAUAAUAAUAAAGACUGAUCAACACUUCAAUAAUUAUGAUAAUAAUGAUGUAUCUUCCUAUACUGCAAAUAAAACUCAAAUGAAAUAUAGUAAAAAUAAUAAUGAUGAUAAUGAUAAUAAUAAUAAUAAUAAUAAUAGUAAUAAUAAUAAUAAUAAUAAUACCUUCAGAUAGAAAAAGACAGAUAUUUAGUAGAGAGAGAAGAAGCAAAGAUAAAUGUAAGAUUUGAAAGACAGAAGACUUAUAAAUAAAGACUUGUUAUAAUGUUAGCAGUGCCAAUAAAAUGAACACGCAAAGCAA